AUGAGGAGCGACUUUAUUGGUGGCGCAAUUGCCGUCGCUUCGGCUUUCAUGUCCAUCUUUGGUGUUAAUUUACAAAAGUAUUCACAUGAUAAAGAAGAGUUACGUGCUGUACCACGUCCAUAUACGAUGCGACCAAUUUGGUGGGUCGGUAUGAUAUGUGUCGUGGGUGCGUCUUUGGGCGACUUUUUGGCGCUAGGCUUUGCACCACAAACGCUAGUAGCUUCACUUGGUGGUGGCUCGACUAUAUUAGGCAAUUGCCUUAUGUCCCACUUUUGGCUAAAACAAAGUUUAUACUUAACGGAUAUUGUUGGCGUCGCGUUUGUAUCACUCGGUGUCGUCGUUUUGGCUGCAGCUAGUGAAGAGGAUGAAGGUCAUUACCAAAUGGAUCAGAUCUAUACAUUGAUGGAGGCUGCGCCUUUUAUUCUCUAUGCACUGAUUACCACGGCGUUUUGUAUGACACUCUACAUGCGUGCACGUCGCUCGAAAGCUCCAGCACUGCGUGUUGCUAGUAAUGACAAGGACGAUGCUCGUGUGGAUGACGUGCAGGAAAAAAAGCGCGAGCUCGCAUCAAAGCAAAAGAGUACAGAAGAGUCGCCUGCACUUGAAGAGCCUCAAAAGCGCAGGAGUAUCAUGAUGUCACCUUUCCCGUCCCCGAUAUUUGGCGAUCAUUUGUCGCUAUCUCCAAUGGGCCAAGAAGAGGACGAUAGUUUGGAGGAAAUCGUUCUAUCACGGCUCAAAAUUGGUAAAUAUGAUGAGAGCGAAAUUGAGAAACACACAUUGAUUAUUGAUCCAAAGUUGCCGCUGUACUGGGCUGCCAUUUCCGGCACAAUUGGUGGCCAGUCGGUGCUCUUAGCCAAGUGCGUUGUCGAACUUAUUUCGUCGUCAGUCUCGGGUGAUAAUCAAUUCCAGUACUUUGGCACAUAUUUGUUGUGUGCGGGAAUGGCAGGUACACUAUUGACACAGACCCACACAUUGAAUUUAGCCACAAUGUGUGGAGAUACAAUGUCAUCGUAUCCUGUUUUUCAGGGAUUUUGGAUUACUAUGAGCAACAUCAGCGGUGUCGUAUUCUUUCAACAAGCGCACAAUUUUACGAGAACUCAGUGGAUCAUGUUUCCUACAGCAAUUCUUCUUGUGGCUGUUGGAAUAUUUCUUGUCUCAAAGCACGAAAAGUUUGGUAACUUUGUCAAGUAUUCGAUCGCUAUGCCUAUCAGUCUCAGCAGUCCUCGCCAGCACGAUAUUGUUGCGCAAUCGUUUGUCUUUCGCGUAUCAACACCCCAAAAACUACAGGAAGAUGAGUACGCUAGCUCGACGGAAAGUAGUGACAGCUCUGACGAGAACAGUAGGCGGACAUUGGAAGUAGUAUAA